GAAUAAAUCUCAAUUUAAACAAAGGAAUGUGAAAGAUGGCUAUUACAGUUUCAAGCAGCAGCGUAGUUAGGAAAAGGUGUUUAGGUCCUAAAUUAUAAUUUUUAAAAAAAAAAAUUUUGCAACGUUAACGAAUGUCUUCUCACCAGUUAAUCACGGUAACUAAUAAAAAGCUGGCAUUUAUUUACUAUGAUAGUACGCACCUGAACGACAAUGAUUUUAUUCAAGAAAAAUUACUAAAUGAAAUAUAUUUUUUCGAUUCUAACACGUUACAAAGGAAUUUAAAGUACCCUAAAAGCUUGACGGCAUUAAAUAUUUGCCGUAAGCCGUUUGGCGCUAUGACGUUACAAAUGUGACGUCAGAAAAGUUAAUUGUUGUAUUAUAAUUCACUGUUUUCAGCCUCCUUUUUGUAAUAAGAAAAUGAAUCGGAUCUUGUUAGAAUCUAAAACACUACUUCUACUUUUUAUAAUUAUAAAGUAAGUUUGAUUUCAGAAAAUUACGGAAAAUUUGUAAAUUAGUUUUCCUUUUUUGAAAGGGAGGAGGGACAUUACACCAAAAUGUGGUACUAGAAAAACGUUAAAGUGUACUAUACCUUUGUAUGAUUUCUGACAUUUUGUAUGCAGUCAUAUCAGUUUUAACCGAAACAAGUUAGGGAUACAUUUCAAAUUCUCUCUUCUUUCGAACAGAAACAAUAAUUUAUGACAUGCUUAAUGAUGUGCGAGCGUUUUUUUCUUCUUUUUUUUUUUGUUUUUUGUUGUUUUUUUUUCAUGGUUAUCCGCCAUUUUGAUAAAAAUCUUGGAAUAAUUCUUUCAAACAAUAAGACCAGUGGGGUAAUUAUGCAAAAAUGUAAAAAUGUAAGAUACUUGUAAGUAAUAUUUAUGCUUAUAUGAUACUGAUAUUAGAAACAAAUUGUAAGACCUGAAAUCGCUAGAACAUUGAUUUGAAUAUAUAAUAAGAACAACGAAUUUGACCAAACUUUUUUUUAUAUAUAUUUUUUUAAAUCUUUAUUGUUGUAACGGUGACAAUAGUCACGUCAUUGCCGUUUACAUUUUCAACCAAUCGAAUCAGUUUCAUGUUCUUGGCAUUUUUUUCUCCAAAAAUAUUAUCCAAUCACAACAGUGACAAUGACUUAUAUAAUUUCGGGCUGGACAUUAUUCUGUCAUUACAACCUAGUUCGUUACUUGUAUUAAGUGGAUUAUUUAGAUUAAUUCUUAGCUUUCUAUUACACGUUUGGUUGAUUAUUUCGUUGCGUUUAAUGUAAAGAAAGACAGAGUGUAACAGUUUGAAACACCAGCAAGUAUUCCGAUAUAUAGGCGUGUUCUGUUUUCCGAAGACAGCAUCGAGGCAUUCAGAUUUAAAAAAGAAUGGAGAAUAACCAAGUCCCCGACGAUACUCCAACAGAUGUUGAAACCCCAGUCCGACAACGGUCGCCAACACGCAACACAUACAUGUCGCGGUUGGUCGGUAUUGGGCAGAGUAUUAAUCAAAGUAUCAGAAGGCUCCAAUUUGAUCCCGACAUGCAGCAGGGACUUGCGGCACAGCUCUCGGCGUCAUUCAACCGGGCGAGUCCAAUUCGCAAUAGGGAGACAGCACCAGUCCGUGUUAGGGGACGAGGCGGUCGUGUUCAAGGCGGUAGGGGUCGCCGAUCACAGGAGCUCCAGAUAAGACUAGUGUGCCUCAGAAGACCUGAGCGAUCUAGCUCGAACAUUAGCUACCAAGAAUUGAGAGAAUAUGGUUUGGGUAACGCUUCAACCGCAGACGAGAGAGGGGUUUGCGUCAUUCCUAUAGAUUGGACGGAGGAGUCAUUUCGUCAAUAUAUCGAAGAGGCCUUUCCGGUGCUUAGGUCAACACAGUACGAAGCUAGACGGUCAGAGCGUGGAGGUCGCCUUGUCCGGUUGGAGACUUUAAUACCAAGCGAUCUUCGCAACGUUUUCCUGGCGGGCCGUGACAGGAUUAGAAAUCCACCAACGGUAUUUAUCACCCCGCUUGAAGAGAUCCACCACAGAACGAUGGAUACACCAACGGUAAGUCAUGGUAUUUUUGUGUCAUAUUUAUUUUUACAUCAUUACAGUAUUAACAUUUUAAGUAUUAAGUAUUGAUACGUAAGGAAUUUGGCUUAACUCAAUGUUGAAACCGUACAUUCGUUUGCUGAACACGAUAUCUUUAUAAUUAUUGCAUUUUCCGAUUUAAAACAAAUUAUAAAACUCACAUUUUCUUGAUAAGACUUGAACUCAAAUUGAUUAAAACUUAGGCACCGCUGCAAAUAUAUGUUACAGUUUGGCUUGAGUUCAGUAAUAUAUCUAAUGGAAAGUAAAUUCCUUCGACGUGCCGCGAU